CGAACAGCACGCGCGCUCCGUCGGUAUUUUUCGGUGAUGACGUUGCCUCAUGCUCGUCUUUCAGAACGUUUAGACAUCUAUAGAAGUGACAGCAAUGGGGAAACGUAUUGUUUCCAUGGUGCUUUUAUGUGUUUCAGCUUCAUUAUCCUGUGUGUGUAGUUUUUCCUUUGGUUCGGAAAUAAGUUUUGUCACGUGCGGCUCAGUGGUGAAGCUGCUGAACGUUGAACACAACGUCAGGCUCCACUCUCAUGAUGUGCGCUACGGAUCCGGUAGCGGCCAGCAGUCGGUGACUGGAGUGACCACUGUGGAAGACAGCAAUAGUUACUGGAGCGUGCGUGGCACCAUUGGGGCAGGUUGUAAUCGGGGGACUCCAGUCAGAUGUGGCCAGAACAUCAGGCUCACACACGUGAACACAGGCCGAAAUCUGCACAGCCACUACUUUGCAUCUCCACUGUCGUCCAACCAGGAAGUCAGUGCCUUUGGAGAGGAUGGUGAAGGUGACCAUCUGGAUGAGUGGACUGUACUAUGUGGUGGUUCUGUAUGGCAGCGUGAUGAGUCGGUGCGUUUCCAACAUACUGCCACAGAAGCGCUGCUGUCAGUGACGGGUGAGCAGUAUGGCAGGCCUAUCCAUGGGCAGAGAGAAGUGCACGCGAUGACCAGCAACAGCCAGCACAGCUACUGGAAAACCAUGGAGGGUGUAUUUAUUAAACCCAGUGAAACAGGACCCAAAGAUUUCAGCAGUCCGACACACACUGAGUUCUGACUGCUUUCACUCCAGCAAACAGUCUGUCUGAUAGCACACUGCAGAUUUCAUGUUCUCUUCAGGUUCUUUACAAAAAUCCCGUACAGAAGGAUCUUAUAUACACAGAUAAAUGUGACCAAUCACAUUACUUUAACUGUACAGUGAUAUGAUGGGCAGAGAGACUUCAUAGUAAACAUUUUGUUGAUUUAAUUCAACCGUAUUUAAUACUUUUAUAUAAGUUUAUCAACAUCUGUAAUGAAUGUUAACACAGUGUGUAGCACCUUGGAACUGGAUGCACACAUGAACAUAUGUGUUAUGUAUAGAAUUGAGUGCAAAAUUUAGCAUACCCUUGGGAUAAUACAAUAAAGAUGUGUGACUCACAUAUCACUGCCAAAAAAACCCCUAAAAGUAGAAUUUUGGCCAAAUUGAGUAUUUUUCUGUUGAAAGCAUGGUUUAUACUUGAGAUCUGACUUGUAAUGUUUCUUCUGCGCUGCACUGUUCACAUGCAUAGAUGGCUCAUCAGAGUCAAAACAUUCCUGUCCAUCAGGGGCUUCAUUUAAACUGUGCACACACAUUUUACGUUAAGAUUUUAUUGCUGCUAGGUUCCAGUCGCUGUGCUAUGAAGUUUCCUAAUACAGGUUGCCAUGGUAAUAACAUUUACCAGUAUGUAGUGCAGCUAGCAAUCCUGUUGACUUGAUUUAUUUUUCUCUCACAUACUUUGUAUUUAGCAGGCACCCUUAUCCAGAGCGACUUUUAUCUCACUUUAUACAACUGAGUAAUAGAGGGUUAAGGGCCUUGCUCAGGGGCCCAGCAGUUUUUCAUGAACGGUUAAAAUUCAAACAUUAACCAUGAUAGUUAAACUAAUUAGUGUUAGUACAGCCUAGAAUCAUGCAUAUCAUGUGAUAUGAGACACAGUCUUGGUUUGAUUAAUAACAUGGUGUUUUAUGGACUAGUUUUGUUUGUAUAGCACCAUGCCGGACAUGUUGCCUUAAUUUCUGAGGACAUGCAAACACCAAACAUGUCUGUAUAGCAUAGCAAGUAUAAGCCAUUCUUCCAAUGUAUUUUGAUAAUUUGUUAAAGAAACAUCUAGAAAUUAUGUUUAGGGGGUGCAAAACAUUCUACCCAACUGGAUAGAUCAUCCUAUGACAACUUUUAGCAUUUACGAACUUCUAACUGGGUGCUAGAUUUUAUGAGGCACUGCGUUGUCAGCACUAUUAUGAAACCUUUUCCCCUUCGUUCCCUUUUUCCUUUCACACAAGAAACACUACCCAUUAACUGCCUUAUCCUAACAUUACAGUGUUAUUUAACACGAACAUUACAGAAUGUUUUUUGCAAGUAUUUUUAAAACGGUAAUAUUUAUAUUUUUAUUUAUUGGGCUAGCUUUUUGUCCAGUGCACACAAUUCAGUAUUAUAAUGCAAACACUCCACUCCUAACAAGUCAGUUAACCACAUGGAAAUAAAUAAGAAAACAACCAACAACUUGAAAGAUGGAAAAUGAUUCAACAGUGUAUUAUUUAAUAAGGAGUUUUGUUUGUUUUUCUGUUCAUUUUCUAUUUGGAUCAGAAUUGCACAUAUAAAUCUGAAAAAUAAAAACAUCUUCUGAGAUCUAUGUGGGAUGCGGCAGUGCCAGAAAUGUAGUUAGAAUUGCUUUUGAUUCAUUAUACACUUCUUAGUAUUAGGUGAUUUGAGCUUUAAAUUCAGCAGAGUAAAUAUUGCAACAUCGCAAAAAACCUGCUGCAUAAAAUUCCGAAUGCUGACUGGACUGAGAUGCUGAAAAUUAAUGUUAAUUUUCCCCCUCUCUUUUUUUUAAAAAGGAAUUUAUUACUCACAUUGACUGAGAAAAGCCAUAUUUACAGUCUUGGAUAUUAACCUGCUUCCUGUUCUAAGCUGUUACUCCAACAUAAACCCAUGGAAAAAAUGUGUCGUAUGUGGUUUUAAAAUCCACAAAAAAAAAAACAA